AAUGGAGAGUGACCAAACUUGAACUGUUUGAUUAAUUCGAGUGACUCAGAAUGAAAUUAAAUAUUUUUAAUGACCAUAUAUAAACGUUUUUAGUAGUUCGAGUAAACAACCAAUUUACCCUAAAUAAAAUCUUAGUAAUUCGGAUCGGAUACAAAAGUUUAUUUUCGGAAAAGUGGAAAAGCACAAAAUGCCUCAAACGAUUAAGGCUAAAUCCAGCCUAAAAAUCAUCACUUUCCGUCCACCAUUUGGGCAAUUUUCAUUUUGGAAUCGAACAUUUUCAUCCUUCUCUGCGUUUCACUGUGCCUGUGGCCAUGGCGGACGACGCUGGCGGUGGCACUGCAAGUGGAAGUAGCAGUAUUGUUAGUCUCUGCGGUGGUGGCUCCGACAUAAGCGGGAGGCUCGGUUCGAUGGACUCGGUGGAGUCACGGUGGGUCUUCCAAGACGACGACGACGACUCUGUCUUUGACGACGAGGAUGGUUUGCAGCAUCGCCGCACUGGAUUGGAUUCCGAGGACGACGAGGACGAAGACGACAAUGCGGAGCAGUGUCUGAUCCGCACCGGGCCGCGGAUCGAUUCCUUCGACGUUGAAGCUCUUGAGAUCCCAAGUGCCCAGCGAAGUGAUUACGAGGACUUCAGUGUGAGCAGGAAGAUUAUUCUUGCUUUUCAGACACUUGGUGUUGUAUUCGGCGACGUCGGAACGAGUCCUUUAUAUGCAUUUGAUGUGGUGUUUACAAAAGCAUACAUAAGUGGAGAAGACGAUGUUCUUGGUGCAUUAUCAUUGGUCCUGUACACGUUAAUCUUGGUACCUCUUGUCAAAUAUGUCCUUGUCGUGCUUUGGGCAAAUGAUGAUGGCGAAGGAGGUACUUUUGCCUUGUACUCAUUGAUCUGCCGGCAUGCUAAGGUUAGUCUCCUUCCGAAUCAGCUCCCAUCAGAUGCUCGUAUUUCAAGCUUCCGGCUGAAGGUCCCAUCCCCAGAACUGGAGAGAUCAUUAAAAAUCAAGGAAAGACUAGAGGCAUCACUUACAUUGAAAAAGCUGCUUCUCAUCUUGGUGCUUGCUGGUACUUCGAUGGUGAUAGCUGAUGGAGUAGUUACACCAGCGAUGUCAGUGAUGUCAGCUGUUGGUGGUCUAAAGGUUGGUGUAGUAGCUGUCGAGCAAGACCAAGUGGUGAUGAUUUCCGUUGCCUUUCUUGUAAUUUUGUUUAGUGUACAGAAGUUUGGUACAAGCAAAGUGGGACUUGCUGUAGGUCCUGCUUUAUUUGUAUGGUUUUGCUCUCUAGCCGGCAUUGGGAUUUAUAAUCUUGUCAAAUAUGACAGCAGUGUAUUAAGAGCAUUUAAUCCUGUUCACAUCUAUUACUUCUUCAAGCGGGACACAGCUAAGGCCUGGCGUGCUCUUGGAGGUUGCAUACUAUGUGCAACAGGUUCUGAAGCCAUGUUUGCAGAUCUUUGCUAUUUUUCUGUUAGAUCAAUCCAGCUUACUUUUGUAUUUCUGGUGUUACCUUGCCUUUUGCUGGGGUAUUUGGGUCAAGCUGCAUAUCUUAUGCAAAAUCAUACUGACAUUCUGGCUGAACAGGCUUUCUUUUCGUCAGUUCCAAGUGGGGUAUUCUGGCCUAUCUUCCUUAUUGCUAAUGUUGCUGCAUUAAUUGCUUGUCGAGCAGUGACAACAGCUACAUUUUCUUGUAUAAAACAGUCAACAGCACUUGGUUGUUUCCCAAGACUUAAGAUUAUUCAUACUUCUCGAAAGUUCAUGGGUCAGAUUUAUAUUCCAGUCAUUAACUGGUUUCUAUUGGUGGUGUGCAUAUUGUUCAUCUGCUCCAUUCAAAGCAUCACUGAGAUGGGAAAUGCGUACGGUAAUAUAUCCUUACUGCCAACAUUUCUUGUCUUCCAACUAGGGAUUGCUGAGCUUGGGGUCAUGAUUAUGACAACCAUUUUGGUGACAAUUGUUAUGCUCCUAAUUUGGCAGAUCAAUAUCUUUGUUGUGCUCAGCUUUCUUACGAUUUUCCUAGGGAUUGAAUUGACAUUUUUCUCAUCGGUUUUAUGGGGUGUGGGAGAUGGAAGUUGGAUAAUAUUGGUGUUUGCUGGAAGUAUGUUCCUUAUCAUGUAUAUUUGGAACUAUGGGAGCAAGCUCAAAUAUGAAACUGAAGUGAAGCAGAAGCUGUCAAUGGAUUUGAUGCGGGAAUUAGGGUCCAACUUAGGAACAAUUAGAGCCCCUGGAAUUGGCUUGCUCUACAAUGAGUUGGUGAAAGGAAUACCUGCUAUAUUUGGCCAUUUUCUGACAACUCUUCCGGCGAUUCAUUCAAUGAUCAUAUUUGUGUGUAUAAAGUAUGUUCCAGUCCCAGUUGUCACUCAGAAUGAACGGUUCCUUUUCAGACGUGUCUGCCCAAAGAACUACCACAUAUUUCGUUGUAUUGCCAGGUAUGGCUACAAAGAUGUGAGGAAAGAGAACCACCAGGCGUUUGAACAGCUGUUGAUUGAGAGUCUGGAGAAGUUUAUCAGGAGGGAGGCUCAGGAAAGGUCGUUAGAGAGUGAUGGGGAUGAUGAUAUGGAGACAGAAGAUGAUGAUUACUCAAACAACAAGACAAGAGUCCUAGUUGCUCCGAAUGGAAGUGUUUAUUCACUUGGCAUGCCCCUACUGGCUGAGUUCCAGGAAACCUGCAACAACAAAAACCGUGGUUCCAUUGAGGCAAGCACUUACUGUUCUUCUCCUGAGGUUUUUUCGAAAUCAGAGUCGUCGACAGAUCCAUUUGAUCCUGAGCAGAGUCUUGAUCGGGAGCUAUAUUUUAUUAGAAAAGCUAAAGAAUCAGGGGUUGUGUAUCUUCUGGGCCACGGAGACAUUAGAGCAAGGAAGGAUUCCUGGUUCAUCAAGAAGCUAGUCAUAAACUACUUCUACGCUUUUCUGCGAAAGAACUGCAGAAGAGGGAUAGCCAAUUUGAGUGUCCCUCACUCUAAUCUGAUGCAGGUGGGCAUGACUUACAUGGUCUAACUUGGUUAUGGAGUUUUUUUCACCAAGUGACUUGAGUGGUUGGUUCGAAUUGUCACACUUAUUAGCAUGUUCAAAUAGUUAUGUGCUAAUCAAUGAUGAUUCGUAGUGUGUGUGUGGGUUCUCCAUUAUUUUAUUAGACUAUCUGGACUAGGGAUUACACGCGAUUGCUAACUGCUGCUGGAACUGUCACCCAUUUUCUCUUUCAGCAUGUUUUGAUAUUGGUAGGUCAAGAGUGUCUUGUAAUUGAAUGGAAGCCGCUUGUGGCUGAAUGACCCGUUUGUAAAAUCAGAUUUCAUCAACAAGUUACUAUUUCAAGUAGAGGAUAAUUGAAUACAGGCUGCUAUUUUCACGGUAGA